AGAACUAACUCCAGGCCGAGGCGAGGGCCGAUGCAAGAAGAGCCGGGUGUGCGCGGGAAACGCAGCCCCAACCACCACCGCCACUGUCACCCCUCAGCCUGGCGGGCCCCGCCCGUCCCGGUCCCGGCUGCGGCCGCGGCGCACGCGUGUGGCGGACUCCCGGUGAACCCCGCCCGGCCAGCAGCGUGCGGAGGGAACAGCAGUCAUCUGAAGCCCUCAUAGACCCAUGGGCUCUCAUCCCACGAAAGUGGCCUAGCUCUCACAGCCCUAGAACCACCGUCCGGCCCAAAGAGAAGAGUCAUCGUACAUGGCCGCCAGUGACUUCAAGAAAGCCAAGAAGAGUGGACUGAACGAGGCGUGUUAGUGUCCUGAGUGGAGGUGGGAUGAUGUUAAUGAGGAAAGAAGGGGUAAAGGUAGAACGCCAUGACAUGAAUACCCUCAGCCUCCCGCUGAACAUCCGCCGAGGGGGCUCAGACACCAAUCUCAACUUUGACGUCCCAGAUGGUAUCCUGGACUUCCACAAGGUCAAACUCAGCGCCGACAGCCUGAAACAAAAGAUCCUAAAGGUGACGGAGCAGAUCAAAAUUGAGCAGACAUCCCGCGAUGGAAACGUUGCCGAGUACCUAAAACUCGUCAGCAGCGCGGACAAGCAGCAGGCCGGGAGGAUCAAGCAGGUCUUCGAAAAGAAGAACCAGAAGUCGGCCCACUCGAUCGCCCAGCUGCAGAAGAAGUUGGAGCAGUACCACAGAAAGCUGAGGGAGAUUGAACAGAAUGGGGCCUCUCGCAGCUCAAAGGAGAUUUCUAAGGACAGCCUGAAGGAGAUACACCACUCCCUGAAGGAUGCCCAUGUGAAAUCUCGAACUGCUCCCCACUGCCUGGAAAGCAGUAAGUCGAGCAUGCCGGGGGUAUCCCUCACGCCCCCCGUGUUUGUCUUCAAUAAGUCCAGAGAGUUUGCCAACUUGAUCCGGAAUAAGUUUGGCAGUGCGGACAACAUCGCUCACUUGAAAAAUUCCCUGGAGGAGUUCAGGCCCGAGGCCAGCACCAGGGCCUAUGGAGGCAGCGCUACCAUCGUGAACAAACCCAAGUACGGCAGUGACGACGAGUGUUCUAGUGGCACGUCAGGCUCGGCAGACAGCAAUGGGAACCAGUCCUUCGGCCCCGGUAGGGCCAGCACACUGGACAGCCAGGGGAAGCUGGCCAUGAUCCUAGAGGCGCUGAGGGAGAUCAAAGACACCCAAACCCAGCUGGCAGAGGACAUUGAGGCGUUGAAGGUGCAGUUUAAGAGAGAGUAUGGCUUCAUCUCUCAGACUCUGCAAGAGGAGAGAUACAGGUAUGAGAGGCUUGAGGACCAGCUUCACGACCUGACAGAGCUGCACCAGCACGAGACAGCCAACCUGAAGCAGGAGCUAGCCAGCGCAGAGGAGAAGGUGGCCUACCAGGCCUAUGAACGCUCAAGGGACAUCCAGGAAGCCCUGGAAACUUGCCAGACGCGCAUCUCUAAGCUGGAAUUGCAUCAGCAGGAGCAGCAGACCCUGCAGACGGAUGCCGUGAACGCCAAGGUGCUGCUGGGGAAAUGCAUCAAUGUGGUUCUGGCCUUCAUGACCGUCAUCCUGGUGUGCGUGUCCACCCUGGCCAAGUUCGUGGCGCCCAUGAUGAAGAGCCGCUUCCACAUCCUUGGCACCUUCUUCGCUGUGACUCUCCUGGCGAUAUUUUGUAAAAACUGGGACCAUAUUUUGUGUGCCAUAGAGAGGAUAAUAAUCCCGAGAUGAGCCGCUGGUUCCCGCCUUCACAUCCUCCCACGUUCUUAUUUUGAAGAAAACUCUGUUGCAGACUACCAAAUUCCUGAAUGAACGGCUGUGCCAAAGACGGCGAGAAGGACCGAAGCCGUGUGCUGUAAAUAAUUAGCGUCUCCUAACCCGGUAGCAGCUGCCAACGCGGUCCCUGUACGUGGUUAACACAAAACGGCCCCCAGAGUUCUCCCCACAUCGCUCACGGCCUUAAUCAGAGCAGAUCUCCAGCCCACCUGGCGAGCUGGGCGCGGUAGAGCCCCAUUCACUGAGCGCUUGGCACCCAGAGCGACCCAGAGGAACGGGCCUCUCUGUGUUUCCCAUGAAUCUCUGUCACAUUGAGCUUCGUGAUUGCUAGCAGCUGUGUGCUCUCUGAGCCCCACAAACAGCAAGGAUAUGGCAGGACUUGGGGAAGUGAGGAAGCAUAAGUUAUGGGCAGUGUUGAGCUCUUGUUGCGAGGGGUGGGGUCUGUGGAAGCUCAGUCAGUCUCUCUGUGAUCUAUCCCACUUGUCCACGGGUGGCGCUGCGUCCCGUUAUGUGCCCCGAGUUCACAUUGGUCAAUUGCGUAUGUCCCUGUACCGUGCAAAUCUUAUCGCUGCUUCUCCGGCAGAAAUCUGCCUAACCAGUAGCCCCGCACUUUACACAGUAGACACUAGGAUUUACAAAUGGGCUAACCUCUUCUGCCCAGGGAAACACACACCCGAUUUCAUCUCACCUGGCUAGCAGGGCCCUGCCCUCGGAGCCUUCGGCCCGUGCUUUUGUCCAACUGCGGCUCUGAUAGCUCGGGGUGUUGCGAGCAUCCCUGGGAGGCUCAUGCCCAAUCUGGUGAUGGUUAGCUGUGAUAAAUCCCCUUAGAGGAUGGCAUGCACUUUUCGUGAUUCACUUUGCUCUCAGGUCUGCAGAGAUCAGAGUCCAGGGAAUGAAAACAAACGACGCUCAUGUCGCUAGGUGUUAUUUUUCUUGAAGACAACAAAAUCAAACUUCACACAUCAUAUGUGUGCCGAGGCCAGACCCUGGGGGCCUAAGAGGGAUGUGAACUCUUGGUCUGAUCAGUUGGUGGCUAGGCGAGGGGGAGCCCCUUUACCCAGAUGAAGUCAGGAGGGUCCACUUAGGGGUGUGAAGGGCAGCGAGAAUUAAGUCCAUUGUUAAGCUUAGUUGCCGCCGUCUGUCCUGUAGGCACAUAGUAGGACAAGUUCUGAGGUCACAGGAUAAAUGCACUGCCAGUGAGCAGAAAACAUGCAAGAGCCACUGCAUUCGGUGGCUGCCGUUUACUGAUGAAGCACAAAGAGGAGAGAGAAGGUUGUACUGGAUGCUGCCAGCCAAUCCUGGUCCACCGCACCUGCCAAAGGUGUAAAGAUGCCAUUAAAUGUUUACUUUCUUCCAGAAGAUGUUCUCCAAGAUCCACGGAUCACCGCUUUCAAAUGGCUGUUCUUAGGGACGUUCUCGGGGUGGUGGGGGUGCGUAAAAGCGUGCGGCAGUUUAGUACAAGCCCGGCUUCUGUGAGUGGGACGCGUAGAACUCCAGCCUCUUCCCCCUCACUCCCAACUUUUAAAUCAAUAAUUAGAAAAUUCACAAAGUAUUUAAACAUCACCCUAACUGAUUCCAGAGUUAAGCUUUUUAAAAAGUAAUA